AUGGCCCAUGAUGGCUGGCACAGCGGUGGUGGGAAGCCUCGACAGCAGUACCAAGAUCCGUGCCCGCACUGCAGGUACCGCUGGAACUUAAAGAACAACCACUGGUGCUUCCAGUGCACGGGGGCUCUGGUGGCGCAGCCUGAUGGUUCGAAGCGCCCGCUUGGGCAGUGGGCUUUUGGUCCGCCUCAGAUCUCGAACUCGCCGUUCCACGUUCAGCCAGCUGGGUCUCCCUUCGCCGACCCGACGCCGUCGCAGGCGGCAGCGGCAGCCGCCACGGGCUCAGGCAAGGGGCGUGGCAAGAAAGGCGCUCCUCCGCCGCCGCGGGGGAAGGCCAAGGCUAAGGCCGCCGCCUCCGCGGGCCAUGUCGACAGGCGUCCGUGGGUAUACCACCAGGGGUGGUACCCGUAUGGCGGCGCAGCAGUUCCGCUCGAGCCAGCCGAUCCGAUGGCGGCCCUGCGGGCCAAGCUUGGCGACGACGGCACCGAGGAGCUGGCAGUUGUGGAGGCGCUCCUCGCCAAGAAGGAAGCCCCGCCUCCUGCUGCACCGCGGCAGCCGCUCCUUGAGGAGGACGUCUCAGCCAAGGGGGUGGCGUGCCGUCGGGCCAAGUCCUGGCUCGAGCGCUGCUCUCUCAAGGUCUUGGAGGGUGAGGCGUGGCUGCAAGAGGCGCGUGAUGCUGAAGACCUUGCGGUCACGGCUGCGGUCGAGGCCAAGCGCUCGUGGGAGGAGGCCUGCGCGAAGCAGCUUCCUCAGCCAGCGGCGGCGCCACCCGCUGCUGCAGGUGCAUCGUCGCUCAACUUGUCCACGCUCCUUGGCGAAGACAGCGAGGUCGAAGGGCUCACCAUCGUCGACGGCCCGAUGUUCAGCGCGGAAGGCCUCGACCUCGACCCUGCGGACCUUCGCGAGAGGGAGCGAGUCAAGACCAACCUUGCGGCUGGCAUCAAGGCCGAGAUCUCCAAGGCGCUCGGCAUUCGAGCGGAGGCCAAGCAGGCGCCGCAGGCUCUGAGGGCGACGGCGGCGGCGCUCCUUCAACCGGUGCCGCUGACGGGCCUGAAGAAGUUCGAGCUGCUGCCAGGCGCACCGCCAAGGAGUCCUUUGACGCUACCCGAGCAGCGCAGCAGGGACUUUAGCAGGCCUACCUACCCUGGCUUGCCGUCGACCUUCUACGGUGACAUCUUCAUGGGCGCUGCGGAGGAGCUCGCCUUCGAUCCGCAGUCGUACCAAGCCAGCCUCUACAAGGUCACGCUGUACGAUGGGUGCCCUGCGCCGCAGUCUGGCGACAUUUUCCUGACUGAGGCGGAGGAGGCUCACUUCCUCCCCGUCUCUCAGCCCUUGUCGGGCAUUCUUCAGCUUAAGGAUCAG